AUGCCAAAAAACCGCCCUGCCACGUCAGGCUACGCCCGCCUCGCCCAAGCAGAGGAAGAGCGCGGUUACAUCCACGAUGACUCGGAAGAUGAAGAAAUGGCUGCGGCCUCGUCGACAGUGUCCACCUCCAACCCCCGUUAUGCUCCUAUUUCCUCCCGAGCCCAGAUGCAGGCGUCCGGUCUCGCCACGCCCCCAAGCCAUCGACGCAGACACAGUGGAUAUUCCCGCCGCAGCCGCCGAAACUCUGGAGUAGACAUCAAGGCUAUCAAUGCGCGCCUGGAGCGAUGGGCAGAUGAAAUUGCCGCCAAGUUCAAAAUCAACCGAGUCAAGGGCAAGACCUACGAGGAAGAGAAGCUCGAAAUCUACCACUCCGUCUUCCAAGCCCCCGACGGCGUAAAACCGGUCUCAGCAGAGGACCUUGAAUCCGAUGAAUAUGAGGUCCAGCAACGAAUGGCGCGGGCAGAAUAUGAGGAGAUCAUCGAGAGUGUUCGUCUGGCAAUUGAGCUUGGUGUGCAUCCAAGGAUGAUCGCGCAGGGAAGUUCGGGCAGUUACUUUGCUCGAAACCCUGAAGGUAAAGUGGUCGGCGUAUUCAAACCCAAGGACGAAGAACCCUACGCUUCGCGGAACCCCAAAUGGACCAAGUGGAUUCACCGGAAUUUGUUUCCCUGCUUCUUCGGCCGGGCGUGUCUUAUUCCCAAUCUUUCUUACGUCUCUGAAGCCGCCGCAUAUGUCCUCGAUGCCCGCUUACGCACAAACCUCGUCCCCUUUACCGAAAUCGCGUACUUGUCCUCGAAAUCAUUCUUCUAUGAUUUCUGGGAUCGGCGCAAGGCCUGGAAAGGAAAGAAGAUCCUGCCUCCCAAGGCUGGUAGCUUCCAAGUCUUCCUCAAAGGAUACAAAGAUGCCAACAUUUUCCUUCGUGAACAUCCUUGGCCCGAUCAGAUCAACUCGGGCUUCCGGGCGGAGGAUGCCCCGAAGCGCAAGAAGCGGCCGUGGAACGAGGCCUGUCGCCCAUCUGGUGUGCAUUCCGACGACGAGGAUGACGAUGAGCCUGCACAGAUACCUACGCCAAACCCACGCGACGAAAGUGCCGAGCGUCGUUUCAAUUGGACCGAAAACCUCAAACAGUCAUUCCGUGAAGAGCUGGAGAAGUUGGUAAUUCUAGACUACAUAAUGCGGAACACGGAUCGUGGACUGGAUAAUUGGAUGAUCAAGAUUGAUUGGGGCACUGAGCAAGUAUCCAUUGUGGCGGACCCUCCGAAAUCCACUGAGCCACAACCCAAGCACGACGAAGACGACCUCAUGCCCCCUCCGCGUCCAGUCUCUGUCAACUCGAACGGUUCCAAUCCCUAUCGGCGGCGCGAGCAAAUGAUGGCAGUCAGCCGCACAGGAACACCUUUGGCUUCAUCAGAACAGCAGGCGUCAGUUCAGGUUGGUGCCAUUGACAACAGUCUAUCAUGGCCAUGGAAACACCCCGAUGCAUGGCGGAGUUUCCCCUUCGGAUGGCUUUUCCUACCCGUUUCCCUGAUCGGACAACCUUUCUCGCAAAAAACCCGUGAUCACUUUCUUCCUUUGCUUACGUCGACUGCAUGGUGGAGUGGGACGCAGAUGGCAUUGCGCCGAGUAUUCUCCCAGGACGACGAUUUCAAAGAAAGCAUGUUCGCUCGGCAGAUUGCUGUCAUGAAGGGUCAGGCCUGGAACGUGGUCGAGACCUUGAAACAUUCGGACCAUGGUCCUCUCGAAUUGACCCGAAGGACCCGGGUUUGCGUGUGGGAUGAUCUCGUAGAUGUGCCAGUUGCCAUCCCAAUGCGAGCACCCUCCACGGACAUGCAACGACGCCAAGCCAUGAAUUACGACAACGAAGAAGAAGAGAUGGACAUUGGUGCAGCCAACUCUUCUCAGGCGACCCCUGAUCACGACCUCCUAGGACUGGGACCAUCUCCGAACGAACUUCCUAACCCCAACCGGUUCGAGCUCUCCCAUGGCCGGUCUGGCGGAAGAGCUACUGACUCCAUCGGUAGUCCCGCUACUUUGAACGACGACUACUCACGCACAACCAUUGAUGGCGCCUAUGCUAGGUCCUUGGACGGAUGGCCCGACCUCCCUGCUCGAUCGAACAAACAACGGAAGCAUGGUGGCUCUCUAUCAUUCCGUGUACCCCACAUCAAUACCUUCGGCAGCGACGACCUCGAGGGAGACCUCGGAUACGCAGCCGCUGAGGGCAUGGAAGGUAAUCAGCGCAAAGUCAUUGUGGAACGUUUAGAGGCUGUCAAGAGCAAGAACCCCGUUUUCACCUGGUGCUAA